AUGGUGUGGCUCCACGGGGGGGGCUUCCUCGUGGGGGGGUCAGAGGAGCAGUACCCCCAUGCCCCUGCUCAAGAGGGACGUCGUGUUGGUCCCAAAGUUCCGCAGAUUCCUCUCCACGGAAGACGAGGCGCUGCCGGGGAACCUCGGCCUCAAGGACCAGACGCUGGCCCUCGCUGGGUCAAGGAGAACAUCCGUGCCCUCGGCGGCGACCCCUUCCGCGUGACCUUGUUCGGGCAGGGGGCGGGGGCGGCGGCGGCGCACCUGCAGGUCCUCAGUCCACAGGCCGCUGGCCUGUUCAGCCGUGUCAUUCUCCAGUCCGGCAACGCCCUCAGUCCGUGGGCGUUGAGGUGCGACCACAGAAAGAAUGCAGCUGUGGUGGGCGCGGCGUUCGGGUGUGCGGGCGUGGACUCGUCUUCACCAGCUGAUUUGAACAGCACUGCGCUCCUGGACUGUCUUCGGGAGCUGCCUUUUGAACAGCUGGCCGUCAUCCCGUCGGUUUUUGUGGUGAAGAUUUAA